AUGAAGAAAACUCGUUCUUCAGCUCCUUCUUCACCAUCAGAAGAUAGGGUUGAUCUUGUACAAGUUUUAUCAAAUAAUUCAAAUACUGCUGAAGAUGAAAUAAUUUCUUUGAUUUCUUCUCGCUUCAAAUUAGACCUCCCUUAUACUCGUAUAAAUUCUUCGACAAUGAUAGUCGUAAAUCCGAAUAAGCCACUAGAAUUCAUGAAUGAUGAAUCUGCAAAAGAAUAUGCUGAUCAAUGGUACAAAGACACAUCAGGAAUUAAAUCAAAUUUGCAACCACAUAUUUAUGAAUUAGCCGCAAAGGUUUAUUUACAUAUGCGAAGAUCUGCUGAAGACCAAAGCGUAAUAUUCAGCGGAAUCACCGGCUCCGGGAAAACUGCAUCUCAAGGUCAUCUCUUGCAACAAUUAUUAUUACUUUCAACCCAUACAAAAAAAGAAGCAAAACUUGCAAACCAAAUACAAAAUGCUCAAACUGUUCUAGAAGCUUUUGGAAAUGCAAAAACUACCCAAAAUAUCAACGCAUCACGUUUUGGCAAAUAUUUAGAAUUACAAUUCAAUGAAAAAGGCAGAAUAGUCGGUUCAAAAAUAUUAACCUAUUGUUUUGACAAGUCUCGAGUAACUGGAAUGCCUCAUGAUGAAAGAACCUAUCAUGUUUUUUAUUAUUUGUUGGCUGGUGUUACAUCCGAGGAACGUUCGUUAUUUCAACUUCAAGAUCCUCAUAAUUACAAUUAUUUAUCACAAUCAAAGUCUUAUAAUAUUCCUGAUGUUGACGACUCGAUUCAAAUGGAAGAUUUACGUGCUGCCCUUAAAAUUUUGGGCUUUAAAUCAAAAACUGUUGCUCAAAUUUGGCAAAUUUUAUCUGCUAUAUUGUUACUGGGAAAUAUAGAAUUUAUAAAUCCUGGUAAAAAUUCUAAAGAUGAAGCUGCCACAAUUAAAAAUCAUCAUAUUUUAGAUAUGGUUGCUCAAGCUUUAGGUGUUCCUGCUUUUAAAUUAGAACAAACUUUAACUUACAAAACUAAAUACAUUGGUAAAGAAUUAUGCACCGUCUUUUUAGAUGCCGGGUCUGCCAAAGAACAAAGAGAUGCUUUGGCUAGAACUUUAUACUCCAUAUUAUUCACCUGGAUAGUUGAACACAUCAAUACAACCCUUAUUCAGUCAGACGAACCUCCCAACUUCAUUGGCUUAUUAGAUCAACCUGGUUAUCAAAAUUUUGCUAAAAAUAGUUUUGAACAAUUUUGUUUUAAUUUUGCUACUGAAGAAAUUCAAAACUAUGUUUUAAAACAAUUAUUUGAUGACAGUUGUGGUGUUAAUUUGGAACUGUCACAAGAUGGCAUCAAUUUACCAAAGAUUCAAAUAAUGGAUAACAACGGUUGUGUGGAAUUAUUAAGAGGUGAUAUUGAAUCAUCGAAAUCAUCAAAAUUAGGUGGUAUGAUAGGUGUCUUAGAUUCUGAAUGUUCUAAUUUGCAAAGUGGUAAAAACAAUAUCGAUGACGGCACACUACUUUCUACUUUACAAGGAACUUUUUCGCAUCAUCCUUCCUAUGUGUCAAAUCCUCCAACUUCAAAGUUUUCUUCAAAAUAUGGUGCUUUUGGCAUAAACCAUUUUGCUGGUCAAGUAAUCUAUUCCGUUGAUAAUUUCAUUGAUAAAAAUUUAGAUAAUUUCUCUCCUGAUUUCGUAAAUAUUUUCCAAAAUACGAAUAACACUUUUAUCAAAAAAUUAUUUACCGGUCCCGCUUUAACUAUCGAAAAUCAUCCAAAAAGUAAUAAAACUGUUGUAGCAGCUCAAUUACCAACCAAACCUAUGCGAGCUCCUAGUAUGAAAAAAUCCAAAAAGAACAUCAGCAAAUCCAAUGUUGAUAAUAAUGACGAAGAAAAAAAUGCUGAUGAUACAAUUACAUCAAAGAAAAAACAGGCUUCUUCAUUACAUCUUACAACUGUUACUACUCAAUUGUUUUCAACUUUGAAUCAAUUGAUUGAAACUUUAAAUGAAACAAAAAUGUGGAAUGUUUUUCAAAUAAGACCAAAUGAUUCCAAUGAUUCAGAUACAUUUGAUACAAAACGUGUAAAGUCUCAAAUUCGUGGCCUUUUAAUACCUGAUAUAACUGUCAAAAAAAAAAUAGAAUACACUGCUUGGUACACUUUUAAAGACUUCUUGUCCCGAUAUGAUUCAAUUAUACAAACUCUUAAUUUAGAAUCUACCAGAAGUGAUAAACAAAAGGUUGAAGCUUUUGCUACCAUUAGUGGUUGGGGCGAGGAAAAUUUAAUAAUGGGUAAUAAUUAUGUGUUUGUGACUGAAAUUGUUUGGAAAGGAUUAGAGGAUAGUCUAAGAGCAGCCGAGAAAGAAGAAAGAGCAAAAGCUAAACAAAUUAAAGAUAACGAUAGUUUAGCUAGUGGCGAUAGAGGUACAAAUAUUACUAAUGCGGCUGCAACAAGUUCGAUGGAUAGAUUAUUACCAAGAGGUGUAGCAACCAGUUACACUGCUAGCGAGGCUGGAUAUGACGAACAAAGUUAUGCAGAAAGUGAAGAUGACUAUCAAAAUUCAAAACAAGAAGAGGAGGGUAGUGUAUGGGGUAGUGAAUGGGGGAAAAGUGAAGGCAAAAAUAAACCUAAAGAAGUUGAAGAAUUACCAGCCACGAGAACGCGUGUUUGGUGGGUUAGAUUUGUAUGGUUUUGCACUUGGUGGAUACCUUCAUUUUUACUUGUUUAUAUUGGGAAAAUGAAACGACCAGAUGUACGAAUGGCUUGGCGUGAAAAAGUCACACUCUGCUUUUUGAUAUUAUUUUUAUCGUUAGCCAUCAUAUUUUUCAUGGUGGGAUUUGGUCUUCUUAUUUGUCCUGGAAGAGACAAAGUAUAUUCUAAAGAGGAUGUAGCACUUCAUCAAGGUGAUAAUGAUUUUUGGGUUUAUACCGGAGGUGUAGUAUAUGAUUUAUCAGAUUUUCAUCAGCAAACUCAUAGCAUUCCAGAACUACCUGCUGGUCCGAAAGAGAUGGAACCAUUUGGCGGCAAGGAUAUAACAUAUACUAUACCUAUACCUUUGAAUCAGCCAGAAACGUGUCUACCAUUUGUUAAAACCGAUGAUAUUACUGUUGAUGUUGCCAAUGAAACCGAUAGAAUAGGAACCUUUCAACAUAUUUCAGGCACACAAAAUCCAUACAAAGACACACAUCUUACUGAUCCAAAAUGGUAUUGGAACUCAUUUUUACCAAGGAUGAAAAGUAUGAUCAAGGCUGACAUUGUUUGGGAUCCAAAAGUAAUUACUAGUGAAGCUGUGUCGGGGGGUCGUAGAUGGGCUAUUAUUGAUGACAAAGUUUAUGAUUUGGGAAAUUAUUUCUAUACUGCAACAAAAAAUUCACAAAAUAACAAUGAUCCAACUAGAGGACCUCCUAAUUACAGGUAUUUACAGGCAAAUGUGGAAGACUUAUUUACAGAUAGAGCUGGUCAGGAUAUUACAAAGGACUUUUAUGGUGGGGUUGCAAAAGGAGCAAUAACGCAAGACAUGUUAAUUGCGACAAAGCAAUGUCUUGAUUCAGUAUUUUAUGUUGGAAGGGUUGAUUUCAGGUCCUCCUUUAGAUGUGUAAUUACCGAUUAUCUUUUGUUGUCAUAUGCUUGUCUCAUUGGUGCAGUUAUUAUUGUGAAAUUUUUAGCUGCUUUACAAUUAGGCUCUAAACGUAAGCCUGAAGAACAUGAUAAAUUUGUUAUUUGUCAAGUACCGUGUUAUACUGAAGGUGAAGAUUCGAUUAAGCGAACAAUGGAUUCAUUAACAGCAUUGACAUACGACGAUAAGCGAAAAUUAUUAUUUUUUAUUGCUGAUGGUAUGAUUGUUGGUUCCGGUAAUGAUAGGCCAACACCAAGAAUUGUUUUAGAUAUUUUGGGAGUUGAUCCUAAAAUGGAUCCUGAGCCUUUGGCAUUUAAAUCAGUUGGUGAGGGUUCGGCGCAAUUAAAUUAUGGAAAGGUUUAUUCUGGUUUAUAUGAGAAUGAAGGUCAUGUUGUACCAUAUAUCGUGGUGGUGAAAGUUGGUAAACCAUCAGAAAAGUCACGUCCAGGAAAUCGUGGUAAACGUGAUUCACAAAUUGUUCUGAUGGGAUUUUUGAACAAGGUACAUUUUGAUUUGGAAAUGUCACCAUUAGAAUUAGAAAUAUAUUAUCAAAUGAAAAAUGUUAUUGGGAUCAACCCUAGUUUUUAUGAAUAUAUCCUUAUGGUUGACGCAGACACCGAAGUAAUGCCUGAUUCAUUAAAUCGUAUGAUUUCUUGUAUGCUUAAUGAUGGCCGGAUCAUAGGCAUUUGUGGUGAGACAACAUUAGUUAAUGAAGAGGGUUCUUGGACAACUAUGAUACAAGUAUAUGAAUAUUACAUAUCGCAUCAUUUAUCAAAAGCUUUUGAAUCAUUAUUUGGAUCGGUGACUUGUCUACCUGGUUGUUUCUGUAUGUAUCGCAUACGCACACCACUUAAAGGUACAGCAUUAAUUAUUUCAAACUUGGUUAUUGAAGAAUAUUCUGAAAAUCAUGUUGACACGUUACACAAAAAGAAUUUAUUGCAUCUUGGUGAAGAUCGUUAUCUCACCACUUUGAUGAUGAAGCAUUUCCCUCAAUAUAAGAUGACAUUUACACCGGAUGCUUUAUGUAAGACAGCAGCACCUGAUAGAUGGGCAAUUUUAUUAUCACAAAGACGUCGUUGGAUUAAUUCCACAAUUCACAAUCUUAUGGAAUUGAUGUUUUUACCAGAAUUGUGUGGAUUUUGUUGUUUUUCAAUGAGAUUUGUGGUGUUCAUCGAUCUUCUCGGUACUCUUGUACUUCCAUCAACUGUAAUUUAUUUAAUAUAUUUAGUAUGGGCAGUUGUCACAAAAAGACAAAAAGUACCAGAAAUAGCUCUUAUAAUGUUAGCAGCUGUCUAUGGUUUACAAGCAAUUAUAUUCAUACUGAAAAGACAAUGGCAACAUGUUGGUUGGAUGAUAAUAUAUUUAAUUGCCUAUCCUCUUUUCUCAUUUUUCAUCCCAAUUUAUUCAUUCUGGCAUUUUGAUGAUUUCAGUUGGGGUAAUACACGUGUUGUGUUGGGUGAAAAGGGCAAAAAAAUUAUAACAUCAGAUGAUGAUGAAACAUUUGAUGAAGGAAUGAUUCCAAAGAAAAAAUGGUCAGAAUACGAGCAAGAACUAUGGGAAGUUGCCACUGCUGAAUCACAUGAAUCAGGGUUAUCAAAACAAAGUGGUGCAUCAGCUUAUUCACAUCGUAGUAAAGGCAGUAGAAUGUAUGAAACUGGCAGUAAUUAUGGUGGAAGUAACUAUGGUGGAAGUAAUUACGGUGGAAGUAAUUAUGGUGGAAGUAAUUAUGGAGGUAGUCAAGUUGGUGGUGAUUAUUAUCGUGACACAGUGAUUACAUCUAACGAUCGUGCUAGAUCAAGAUCACCAGCACCAUAUGCUUCAGAAAAUAGAAUGUCAACAAUAUCCACCGUUUAUUCAACAUCUGAUAAUCCUUCUGACGAUGAAAUUUUGUUAGAAAUCAGAACCAUUUUGAAUUCUGCUAAUUUAAUGAACAUCACAAAGAAACAAGGUACGCUAACACAUUUUGAUUGA